AUGUCAGUUCUCGGGAACAUCGAUGUCCGCCGCGGUGGGUGGCUGCACCGUGUGGUCCAGUACCACAAGGGGAAGUUCAUCAGAGAAUUGCGAAAGCUGGCGCCGAUUCAAAUCAAAGCUAAAAUAAUACCAGCACCAAAAGGAUAUAAGGACUCUGAUAAGUGGAACUUGGAGUCUGUGUUGCAUCUCAUCGUGCUCAUAAGAACAAGCCAGGCAGCAGCACCCGUUUACCGAGCGUUAAGACGCUCGCUGAUGCCGUCCAGACGCAUCAUGAUGAGCAUGGCGGACUCUUUCAAGCAUUUUCCAUCUCUGUCUAAUGUACACUUCAUAAUCAUACAUUCAUACACUCACGCGGAUAGUAGACCACCGCAUUUUGCCCAAAAAUAA